AUGUUCACGAAAAUAAAGAACUAUGUGUAUGAGAGGCGGAAUGCUAUUGGUGCGGUUGCCGGAGUGGCGGCAGGCGUCUAUGUUGUGAAGGAGUAUAUAAGCGACAGGCUUGCUGAACUGAGAGAAGGGGUGAUGGAAGAUAUGGAGGCGAAAAACAAUUUACGAAAACGAUUCGAACAGAAUCAGGACGACUGUGCAUUUAUCGUCGAAGCGCUUCUCCCGACAUUUGCUACAGACAUACUACGAGAAAUGGAUGUUGAGCGCAUAACCCAACAGCUCAGCUCUAUGAGAGACUCUUCCCGACUCAGCAUGGAAAGUUCUGUCUCUGUCUCCUCUGUUGGUCCUUCAUCACAAGGCUCCCCUACAAGUCCCACCUCUCUGCCUGAGCGGGGUCGACCACGCCAGCCUCAGCCGGCGGUGGACACUACUAUCAUGGCACCUAUAAUGCCUGUUUUGUCCGGUGCUACACCAGCGGGCGAGCAUCCGCCUGUCCUGCUUGAGCAGAGUUAUGCCAGCGUCACCACAACGACGACCGAAAGUGGAGAGAGCUGGGUGCAGCAGUUCGAGGCAUCACGUGUGGUUGACCCUGGAAGGCCAGAGGGGCCUGAAAGGAACUCCAGUUUGAGCGUUAGGGGACACAGCCCGCCUUAUUCCUCAAGCGCGGACCACAGCGGGGAGGAGGGAAGCGUCAUGACAGGGAGCAUGAUCAGUGCGGGAGGGAGCGAAGGGGAGGUAUCAGGUGUGUUUAUCCCGAGUGUGACGGUCGAGAGCAGCGACGAGGCUAGCGGGACGGAGAGUAGACCACCCGUGAGAAGACAGACGAAGGCAGAACUGUGGAACGAGAUGAAGGUGUUGACCUUUACUAGACUACUCACGAUCAUCUAUACGACCUCCCUGCUGACGCUUCUUUCCCGUGUUCAGCUCAACGUCCUCGGUCGACAGAAAUAUGUUGAUCAUAUCAUUCAGCUCGAAGCGGAGUCACGUGCUACUGGCCGUGAUCCAAUCAUGGAGCUGCUAUAUGCAUGGAUGUACGGCGACGAGUCGCAGCUAUGGCCGGAGCAGUGGGAGAAGGAAGGCGUUGACAGGGAAUGGAUGACCCCUGAACUUGAAAGACGAUAUCUCACCUUCUCUUGGUGGCUGUUGCACGUUGGGUGGAAGGAGGUUGGGGAAAGGGUGCGAAAAGCGGUCGAGGCCGUUUUCGAACCGGUUUCACCCCGACAACGGCUGCGACCGGAAGAGGUGGAGAGACUCAUAGAGGAAGUGCGGAAACGCGUCGAAUUCGAUGCAGAAGAACGGACGAAACGAGUAAAUUUCCUAAGUAUUCUGCUGCCCUCCACUGCGGCAGAUGCAUCCUACGUGCUGUCUCAAAAUGGGCUCUCACCACCCGAGCUGGAACCCUAUCUACAGCAUCUCCUUACCGAGACGGCAUCCCUGCUUGCCACGUCCGACAUGGAUACUGUUCUUGGAGAGUGUUUUGAUUGUGCGACCAGGGCGUGCUUCUCCGCAUUAGAGCCUAGGCUUAGGCGUGCCGAUGCGGGGAAAGGUGGGGCAGAGGGGGCGCGACUGGCGAGCGUUUUGCCGGUGGUAAGUAAAUGGGCGCAGGAGGAGGUGUUCGUGCUGCCGAAUCUAUUCGUGCAGGCAAUAAAUGGGGUGAGGGAGCUCGAGGGCGUCGCGGCUAUCAUCUGGGCGGGGUGCGAAGAUAGCGAAAGUUGCGGAGUGCGGAGAGACGCGCCCCUUUCGGCGGAACAGGGUUGUGGGUUGGUGCCUUAUCACAGACCCCCAGAGUCGGGAAUGACAUAUCGGCUCAGGGUUUCUGGGGCCAAAGGGUUCCCGACCGCCGGGUCGAGUCGGGAGCGAAUGGAAUGCGCCGAGGCGAAUGCCGAUCGACGAUCGUUGUGA